AUGUCAGCCAUACACGCGACACAUACUCCUGAAUUCGACGCCGGGCCUUACCUAGGCCAAGAUGUCGCACAGCGACGGGAUACACCAAAACAUCAACCACUCGAUAACGGUCUGCAAUGGGGCUCAGACCCUAGCUUCUGUUAUCAUGGGUUUUCCUGCCCCAUUGGCACUUGGACAGAGGAACGCUUAGUCCGAAACCUGAUGCGCAACAUGGCAACCAUGUGCGACAGCGUGAACAUUGAUUUCAACUACGACCUUGAAAUUCCAAAUAAUACCGAAUACCAAAAUAUUGCAGAGCCGGUCCAGUUGAAUGGAUUUGAUUUCUCCCGCCAUCGCCAAUACCGAAGCGAAACGCCUGGAUCGAUAUCCUCCGCGAGCACAUCCGGUUCUGAGAAGCGGAAAUCCAUGACCCCACCAAGCUCGAAUGAGACUCACGCGUCGCCACCGAGUAAGAAACGGAAAUGCGUACAGAAGCCUGGUCAGAAACUUUGUCAUUGUCGAUCGGAAAAAAAGAGGAGGGAGAUCAUCUCGCAGGGGUAUCAAGACAUUUCGAAUAUUGUCCCUGCGCUUGGGAAGCAUAAUUACACCCGAAAAUAUGUCCUUGAGGAGGCGGCGAAGUUCAUCAAGUCCUUGACGGAGGGUAAUGAACAAUUGCGCCGGCAAUUAGAUGCGAUGAAGGAUCAAGAGGAAAGGGAUAUGAAAGAUCUCUUCCUGGGGAAUAAAUUGAAAAUGUGA